UGUGAGAGCUGUGAAUGUCCACAUCAGAUGGAAGUUUUUUCUUUCUUUACACCUUCUGCCAGUUGAUGUAAGUGGAUCAUUCAUAAUUUGGAUCAGACUACUUUUGUUGCAUUGCACAUUGAGUUUAGUUGAAAUUUUUCUUUUCUUUUUUUCAGAAAUGAAUGAUGUCUUGUUUCAAGACGUCUCCUGCACUUUCCUACUCAGCCUAAAUGUGUCUCCAUAAACACAUCAGGACAGUCUACCACGAGGAAUAUUAAGCUGCUGAAACAGAUGAAGUAUGAGAAUAUGGCUUCCAGAAGACGUUCAACUUCUCAGCAAACAUCAUCUGGUACCCUCCACAUGAAAACAUCUCACAAACAAACACAGAAAUGCCGCAAGGAGAGAAAUCACUUCUGCUUGGAUCCUAGAAAGAGUUAUACUGUACAGAGUCAUCUCAGAACACACCAGCGCAUUUACACAGGAGAAAAGCCGUAUCACUGCACAGAGUGUGGGAAGAGUUUUACUGUCCAGAGUAAUCUCAAAAUACACCAGCGCAUUCACACAGGAGAGAGGCCGUAUCACUGCUCAGAGUGCGGACAGAGAUUUACUGUACAGAGUCACCUCAAAGACCACCAGCGCAUUCACACAGAGGAGAAACCGUAUCACUGCUCAGAGUGUGGAAAGAGUUUUACUCAACUGAGUCAUCUCAAAAGACACCAGCGCAUUCACACAGGAGUAAAACCAUAUCACUGCUCAGAGUGUGGGACAAGUUUUACUCGAUGGAGUACUCUCAAAACGCACCAGCGCAUUCACACAGGAGAGAAGCCGUAUCACUGCUCAGAGUGUGGGAAGAGUUUUAAUCAACAGAGUAAUCUUAAAACACACCACCGCAUUCACACAGGAGAGAAACCACAUCACUGCUCAGAGUGUGGGAAGAGUUUCAGGGUACGGAGUGCUCUCGAAAUACACCAGCGCAUCCACACAGGAGAGAAAACAUAUCACUGCUCAGAGUGUGGGAAGAGUUUUACUGAACAGAGUAUUCUCAAAACACAUCAGCGCAUUCACACAGGAGAGAAGCCAUUUCACUGCUCAGAGUGUGGGAUGAGUUUUACUGACCGGAGUAAUCUCCAAAAACACCAGCGUAUUCACACAGGAGUAAAAUCAUAUCACUGCUCAGAAUGUGGGAAGAGUUUUAAUCGACAGAGUCAUCUCAAAAGACACCAGCGCAUUCACACAGGAGAGAAACCGUAUCACUGCUCAGAGUGUGGGAAGAGUUUUAAUCGACAGGGGACUCUCCGAGAUCACCAGCGCAUUCACACAGGAGUAAAACUGUAUUACUGCUCAGAGUGUGGAAAGAGUUUUAAUCGACAGAGGACUCUCCAAGAUCACCAGCGUGUUCACACAGGAGUAAAACCUUAUUAUUGUGCAGAGUGUGGGAUGAAUUUUACUCGACAGAGGGCUCUUCAACAGCACCAGCGCAUUCACACUGGAGAGAAACCGUAUCACUGCUCAGAGUGUGGGAAGAAUUUCAGGCUUUCAAAGACUGUAAAAACACAUAAGUGCACUAAGGACAGUGUUGGAAAUCAGCAGAAAUGAGUGGAACCUUAACACGGCCUGAGAGUAAAAGUCAACAGGAAACGGUGAUUCUAGGCCAAAUUUCAGUCUGUUUUUUGGUGACAACCACCUCUUGUUUUUUUGCAGUUUUUAAAACCUAAGCAUAAAAUUAAGUGUAAUUUCCUGUGCUGAACACAAAUUCAAGCCUAAAGCUCAUCCACCCAAUGAGAAGGUGUGGUACUGCAUAUUCUCCCCAAAAUGAGUUUUAUUUCUAUUAUAUGUGUAAAACAAUCAAGAGGCUCCACAUUCAGUAUUUUUAAUUUAAUUUAGUAAAUCUAAGCUAGUGUAAUGUUUCUGAUGCAAUGCUGGAUGUUUUGACAAACACUUUGUUUUGGUUUAGAGGCAAAGCGUGUUUUUGUAACCAUGUUAACUUGUUGAGAUGAUUUUUCUCCAUUUUCUUUAUUAUUAUUGUUUUAAAUAAUAUAUUUUUUAAUUCUCCUUUUGAAAUUCACUGUUUACUAAAGAACUGGCUCAUUUUGCUGUCACAUGCCAAGCUUACACUUGUUUUUAAACCACCACCCUCUACGGAGCCAGCCAACAAGUCUACCUAGGCAUCGACUUUUCCGACUGUUUAUGGGAAGUCAUUUUUUUUAACCCCCCCCUCCCCACCUUCACACCAUAAACACUCCAGAGAGUUGUGAAGCCCCCCAGAGAAUCUACAAUUCUUCCUUCUUGUUUGAAUCAAGCCAUGAUAUGGUUGAAACCUUUAUCAUGAAACUGCUACCGUCUCAAAUUAAUAUAAACUUAAAACUAACCUUAAAGACAAAAACUCUUUAUGACGACCCAGAGAGCUCAAGAAGCAUGCCCAAGCAUGCUGCUCCCAAGCAGAGAAGUGAAUUUUCAUAAAAGACUCUGCUUCUGUCAUGUGUCCACAGUGCCAUCCAGUGGCUGAAGUCAGACAUGUCAUAUGAUAAAAAUCUUGCACUUUCAGACGAGUCAUAAUUCAUAUUUUUUAGUUAAAUUUUAAUUACUGAAAAGGUAUUCUGUGUAGGUUGUCAUGAUAAUGUUGCUUCCAAUUAGAAACUGUCAUAAACUUAACUAAGAGCUAGUUAGUCUCAUAUAACGCUGAAUUGCAUGUUUUCAUUACCUUUUUCUUUAUUUUUCUUUGUUGUCCACAAAAAAAUGUUUUCUGAUAGUGAUGAGGAGGAGGAUGUAA